UUGGUUCCAUCUUACAGACGUUCUUCUGCAGUGUUUGUUUUUUAUUCCUUUACUACUAAAAGAGAACAAUCAAUCACUGUGUAUUUUCAGUCUCAUGCGCAUCUGCAUUUAAAAGUUGGCCAUUCAUCGGCAGAAGCUCUUUACGUUGCUGCUUCAUCAAAAAAUGAAUUCCUGAAAACACCAUUGCCGUACAUUUUGCCAUACCUAAAAGCGCACGAUAAGCAAGCGUACUUGGUGAAGCGGUGCCGCGAUUUGGCCGCUGAUUUGUGCAUGAAAAAUUAUCAUUGGCAAGGUGGAGGAAGUGAACCAGUAGAACGUAAAGACGUGAUUUUUAGAAUGGGUGCAAAUCCUUUAGUGAGCGAUAUUGCUGCGCCGUUUUCAUCAGUUUUUUAUCUGAAAAAGCCCGCCAGGCCGUCAAAGUUGCAGUGCACUAAGAAAUCCUACUACGUUUACCAGAGUAGUGUUCAUCCGCCUCAUUUCGAACUGGUACUAGAUGGUGGCCGCGAGCGGUUCGAGGUUGAUCGUGGUGCAAAGAAUCUCUGGCGAACAAUCCUGCUUUUUAUUCAGCACAUUCGUCUCUUCAACAAUUGUCAACUUGGUAAUAUCAGAAUAGAUCGCGUCGGUGUCAACCUCGCAUGUGUUCUUGAAUAA